CUUACUUCCAGCCAAGAAUGUCAAACUGUUAAUGCAGUCCUUUAUUUGUAUUAACAARCAAAUCAUGUAAUUUUCUCAGUUUUAUGAAUAUUUCAUUUUCAAGACAGUUCUAGAAUAUAUUGAAUACAAUUAUUUGAACAAAUAUUGGGCCAACUGACAGCCACUUUGGCAAGUCCAAGUACCUUAAUAUGAUCUUCAGUCGCCGAAAACUUAUUAAACAUUUAUUUCAGUUUUCUUAAACGUGAAAAAGCAAUUAAACGAUCGGCUUAUCGUACUUGAUACAGGAGCAGAAACAUGAAGCAAACCAACCUUGGAUUUCCCGGUUCAACUACCGUAUGUAUAGCUUUUCUGUUUGGAACAAUUGUCAAACUAACUUUCAGUCAAGAAUGUCAAACCGUUAAUGCAGUACGCGGAUAUCGUCUUGUUAACCAUGUCCUGAACACAGUUCAUGAUGUUACGUUUGAACGUUGUACAGUUCUCUGCACUGAACAUCCUGCCUGCUACAGUAUCAACCACUUUACUACAACCAGUACCUGCGAAUUGAACAAAAAGACAAAACUUUGGUUUCUAAGUGAUUUUAUUCCAAGUGACAGCUUCUUUUACAUGGAUAUGUUGGUACGGCAGUACGACAUUUGUGUCCACGACAAUCCUUGCCGUAACGGUGCCAAGUGUAUUCCGUACCCCAACAACGGAACCUUUCAUUGUCAAUGCAGCAAACAUUACACUGGAAAAACUUGCGAGGCUAUUCUAAAAGGAGAAAACGUCAGUUGCUCCAAUCAGGUUCUAGACCUCUGUCAGACGAAUAUGACCGCGUGGCAGGCUACAAUCCUAGGCCCUACUAGCCUCAAUCUCUCGGGUUGUAACCCCGAUAAUGUUACAAACACAGAAGAACUUCUUUUGUUCGUUAGUCGAGCAAGAAAUGAUAGCCUGGGUGAUUAUGGUAAAUACCAAAUCGUCAAGGUCAAAGAGAACACAGGAUGCGCCGUAACGCUGCUAACACCGAUCAACAUCACACUCUCCGGUUCUCCAUGUGAACUAAUCGCUCAACGACUGCCAUUCUUUGACCACGUCUCUCUGACCCAGUCCUGUCAAGUGACUUGUCGUGCUCGGUCUGGAGCAGUGGGUGGUAUCCUAGCUCUGAGAGCAACCAAGUUAACAAUAGACAGCACAUCCAAGAUACAAGUCAAUGGGAAAGGUUUCCAUGGCGGUGCGGGAGGAAACAGUUCUGGUGGCGGUGGAUUCGGAGGGGAAACAUUCGUAUGUUUAUCAUCCACAUACGGUAAAGGUGGAGAUGCUGGUCAAACAGGAGACCAUGGAGGAGGUUCAGGGGAAGUCACAACAACAGGACCAGGGGGGUUAAAUGCUGGAGGAGGAGGGGGAGACUCGAGCAAUAACCCUGACGAUGGAGCGGGCGGUGGAGGAGGAGCUGGUCAUUUUUCAGGAGGCGGUGGAGGGGGUGGAGGAACCGGUUGUUAUAAAUCUGCUGGUGGUGCUGGUGGGAUUGCAUCAACAUUGAUUCAAGCCUAUGCAGGAGGUGGCGGAUCUUCUGAAUGCCCUGGUCGAAAUGGAGGAAUUGGUGGUUCCACUGGAGGGAAUGCAGGAAAUUCUGUACGGGGAGGAAUAGGAGGCAAUUCUCCAGGCUUAAACUAUGGUAGUGGAGGAGGUGGAGGUGGAUUUCAGUAUGGUAACGUGGAUUUCUACACUCAUCUUAGCUACGGUGGGGGAGGGGGAGGUGGUAAUGGAUAUGGGUUUAUUGGUGGGAAAGGAGGUAACGGUGGUGGCCUGGUACUACUCUUUUUGGACCAGCUGACGUUGAAUGGAUCGAUAGAAGCACAGGGAUCACGUGGUGAAUGCGCUCCAAGUGAUGUUACUCAUCGUGCUGCCCCAGGGGGUAGUGGUGCGGGGGGUAGUGUUGUUAUUUUUACUAAGGAAUUGUCUGGUACUGUUUCUGGAAAGAUUCGUGUGGAAGGAGGGACGCCUAGAGAAUGCGCUCUUGGUACGGGUGGAGGAGGUGGUGGUGGUAUUGGUCGCUGGGUCGUCAAAUCCUUAUCUACUUUAUACAAGUCAGGAUAAAGAUUCACAGGAAAAUACAGUAACAUGACAGUGAUCAACAGAAUAUACAAACCAUCUC